CUUCAACGUCACGGGUGCCGUCGCGCACAACACAAUUCCCAACAUGUCACGAAUACCACGAGCGAGCGGCUUGAAGGCCUUGUCUUUGAACCUUGCGCCGUCAUUGAGUACCGCCGCCCGACCGUCGUUUGCCGCCACGCGCGUCAUCUCGACCACGUGUGCCGCCCGAGGAAAGAACACGGAAUGGGUGCGAGGCAAGCUGUGGAAGGGCGAGGCGCCGGGCCCGGAAGAUCCAUACACACAGAGACCAGAGCCCGAGGACUCUUCGAACCUCCCGGAACAAGCUUUGGAGUACCAGCCCCAAUCGGACAAGACUCCAGCUGCGAUCCUGGCCACACGCCUGGCCUUGCCACCGAAGCGGACAGAAGCCACACCCGAGGCGCAAUUGCAGUCGUCGGAUCCGACGUACGUGCCGGCGACAGAGGCAGAGGGCCUUGAAGAAAUUAGUACCACCAAGACUUGGUGGGACCAGCCCGGCCACUGGGGCGCGGAGAGCGAAUUUGACGCCUUUGGAAGCGCUGCGAAGGUGACAGACAAAAGAAUCGUGGAGGUCUACCUAAGAAGAGCAGUUGUUGAGCUGCUCGCCCUGCAAGAAUCGGGCGUCUUUGCAGACUGGGCGAUGAAGAGGUGGAACGAGGGCGACCGAAACGCCUUGGAUAGCACACUCGCAGUCGAUAUCCAUGUGCAGGAUGGCAAGGCCUCGCUCAAGGGCGACGUCUCGUCGCUCUCCCAGAGCCUGACGGCUGAUCUGGAAGAAGCCGAUUUACCGGAGAGAGUCACCCUCGACGAGGCCAAGGAGAUUGUCAAGGCGUGGGACCCCGCAUGGAAGAGCAUCGCGCUCGACGAGCAAGCCAAGUUUGUUGUUCGGAAGCGCCUCUACCAGCUCACGGGCAACCUCGUUCCCGACGCCAAGCUCGCCGCGGCCACGACCGUCAAUCACAUCCUUACGCUCGCCUCAAAGGAGCCCAAAUCGCCGAAACUUGCAGAACUGCUCAGCCGGCGGGACGACCUGCAGCGUCUCUCCAACGUCAAGGUGCAUAGCCGCAAGAUCGGCGCCAUCGAGAAGGAGACUGUCGUGGGCCGCUGGAAGGUGAUCGAGGAAGAGCUCAAGAAGCGCGGCCUGCCUGUCACAGGCACGGCGGGUCUGACCAAGAACAAGGAGAGGGACUGGAUCACGGGCAAGAUUUGAGCGGACGCCGCGGAGGGGCCCUGGCAGAGUACCGAGGGGUAUGCCAUGUACAUCUACUGUGAAGAAUACAAUCCAUCCAUGUAUCAACAGG